CAUAUCUCUAGCUCACCACACUAUCCCAAAACCUCCACGGCACUAUGCCUCACGCCGCCGUCGUCGCGCAGGCUAUCCUCUGUAUCGCGAUUGUCGCCUACGUCCGCCUGAAUAUCCGCUUGGUCUUAUACUAUUUCCUAGAUUACAGUCGCCGAUGGAUCCACCGCGCUUAUGCCUUCGCCGGCUUGGUAGCCUUCUGGCUUCGGAAUCUCCAUGCCUAAGCAUAGUUCAUAAUGUAGCGGUAGGGGUGUUGCUACCCUUCUACGAAGAGCAAGACAACCACGAUAACCCCCCAUGUAUUAUAGGCUUGAUCUCCUUGCCUAUGGACAAUUGUAUAGCUGCAGGAAGUCUGAAAGAGGUUGGAAAGGUUAUGGUCGUAUUUGAUACAAGGGACGAACGCUAGAAAGGUAUCGAUCCAUUAAAACUCUUAGUGAGAUCAAG